AUGCGUUUAUUCGUUGGUUACAAAUCAUCAAAUCAAAGCUUUAAACAAUUAGAAGUAGAAACCGAAAGAGGUGAUGCCGGUUAUCUUCAGAUGGAUUGCGCCCGUGAAUCUUUCGCAUUUGCAACAUAUAAACCAAAAUCAGAAAGGAAAGUUAAAAAGUUUGUUCAUUCGUUAUAUAAUAAUGUUCAAAAAUAUGAUAACUCAGUAUGUGGUAAAUAUAUUGACCCUUCAGAAGUUUUCAAGAAAGCAAAUGAAGAAGUUGAUGUCACUUUUGAUAUGAUUAUUCCGGUAAAUGAUUUGUUAGCAUUUCAGGCGUUCGAUGAUUAUCCUAAAUCAUUUGGUGAUAUCAUUCUUAAAUAUUAUGUUUUCAGGGAUACUUUAGUAUUUUGUCAGGUUGACCCGUUAAGAGUUGCUGAUUUACAAAAUUACGUUUAUGAAAAGAUAACUGAUGAAAAUUAUGAAAAGAUUAUGAAUCAUGUUUAUAAAUAUGAUCGCAAAUUCCAACAAAUCGGACUUCCUGCCAAAUUAAUUACAAGCUUAGCCGCUACAUCUGCUGAGGCAACAGUUGAUGACGUUAUUAUUUCAUGCACAAAGAUGGAAGUUUUAGAGGAUAAAUGCAUUACACCAGGAUACG